AAUAUAUUCCGGACGAUUGGGAGAUAUCUUUUUCAGCAUCUCUCUCUCUCUCCGUUUCGGCUUCUUGUCUCUCCUCAAACUCCGACAUCAAGCGCGCGCCCGGCCGCUCUCGUAAUGGCGAGACGAGGAACCAUCACUCACGUCAUUUUCGACAUGGACGGCCUCUUGCUCGAUACGGAGAAAUUUUACACAGAAGUCCAGGAAAUCAUACUUGCAAGAUAUAAUAAAACAUUUGAUUGGUCUCUCAAGGCAAAAAUGAUGGGAAAGAAAGCAAUUGAAGCUUCUCGAGUCUUUGUUGAAGAAACUGGAAUCAGUGAUGUUCUCACUGCUGAGGACUUUCUAGUGGAAAGGGAAGAGAUGUUAAAAACAAUGUUUCCCACAAGCGAGCUAAUGCCAGGGGCUAGCCGCUUGAUCAGACAUCUUCAUGCAAAAGGGAUACCCAUCUGCUUGGCAACAGGUUCCCAUCGGCGCCAUUUUGAAUUGAAGACUCAAAGACAUGGUGAACUUUUUUCCUUGAUGCAUCAUGUUGUGCUUGGUGAUGACCCUGAAGUCAAACAAGGGAAGCCAUCACCAGAUAUAUUUCUGGCAGCAGCCAGGAGAUUUGAGGGGGGAUUGGUCGAUCCACUCAAUAUUCUUGUGUUUGAAGAUGCUCCAUCAGGAGUUAAUGCAGCUAAAAAUGCUGGGAUGUUUGCAGUUAUGGUGCCAGAUCCCAGGCUUGAUUGCUCUUUUCAUGAUGCAGCAGACCAAGUAUUGAAAUCUCUGUUGGAUUUCGAUCCAUCAGAUUGGGGUUUGCCCCUCUUUGAAGAACAGAAAAGCUGAGAAUUUAUUUGAAAAUCAGACAAUGUGCAAUGGCAUCUCAUGUCAAAUUCAUUUCUGAAAGAUGGAGGGUGAUUGGGGUACACUUUAUUUGGAUUACCAAAAUGCCAUUAUUCGCAUUGCUAGCAUCUGUUGUUCACAUCAAUAUUGGGCUCACAUUUCAGAAUCAUGUUCUGGAUGAGGAAUUCGUGGCACGGCAAUUGCUAUCUAACAAAAUGAACUGUCUCCAUUAGUUUGGCA